AUGCCACAAGAUAAAAGUGAACUCGAUGACCAAUCAUCAUUUGUUGGAGGUAAAGUACGUACUAAUCAGGAUAGUGGUGUUGGGUUUAACACUUUAACUAUCAAUGCUAGUCCCCCACAGCAACAAGCGAGCGAUUCUAUUUCUAACAUGAAGGAAAAUCUAAUCACGGAGGUGAAGAAUAAUGAUGAAUUAUCUGCAGCAUCUACUCUUGCUGUUCCGAACAUUGAUUGUGGAAGUAAUACUACAAAGAUGCCAACAACAAGUACUCUCGUUGUGGAUGAUAUCAUUAAAAAUAGGAGGAAUAUUGAUGAUAAAAGGUCUCUUGAAAAUCGAGGAACGAGAACAGCCAGCCUGUCAAUGCCAACAACUAAUUAUUUAUUUCCAUCAUCAAAAAGUAACUUAAUUCCAAUAUUACCAAAAACUAAGGAUCAGGAAAAAGAGAAAAUGCAGAAAAACAAACUAACUUUUCAAAAUUCGAGAAAUUCUCUUUUUCAAAACUCUAACAAAACAACUUACACAAAAGUUGAAAUGAACAAACAAUCUAACGAUAAGAGAGGACAAACAAAAAUAGAUCACCAGCCCAAAAAUCUAGAAUCGCCCUCAUUAGCAUCAAUUGUUUUAACACCAAAUACUCCUAACUCGGUAUCUAAUGUCAAUAUUGAAACAGACGAAUCAGAAAUUAACCCAAUACUGGAAUCAGUACCAUUCUUUAUAUUUUUAAAAAUUGGAAUACUCAAGGAAAACUCAGAACCUAAAUAUUUAGAGGCUUAUAGGGCUCUUUCUCAACAAAACCUAUUCUUUAUGACCUCUUGGUUUAGGUUUGCUUACAUGCAGGAAAAGUAUUUGAGCAAUGAGAAGACUCACAUGAUUGCAAAUAUUUCACAUGAAGCAAGAAAUCCAUUGCAUGGUAUUAUUGGAGCUUCAACAAUUUUGAGACAUGAUAUGGAAAAGAACAGUCAUUCAGAUAAAAGAAAAAAGAGAGGAAGAAAGAACAGCAUUUUACAAUCACCUUCUCAUUCACCAAUGAAUGCAAAGAAUGGAUUUUUGCAUGUUUCAAAUGAUGAUGGACACUAUUCGAGUGAUUGUGAAUCUUCAUGUGGAGAUUCAACAGCUGAACAACCGUAUCUUGAAUUGGUGAAUGAUAUUUAUAAUAAUGCCAAUUUGUUACUUCACAUUUUCAGUACUUCACUUCAAAUGACAAGUCUUGAAAUGGGAAAUAUCAAAUUGAAGAAUGAACCAUUCAAUUUACUGGACACAAUUGAAUCAGUAAUUUCAAUAAAUAUCACAACUGAUAAUGUUCCAACUAUAGAGGUAGUAAUACCAGAACCUGUACCUUCUAAACGAAUACUGAUAACAGAUGAUAAUUUAAUUAACAGAAAAGUGAUGGAAAAGAUGGUUCGAUUGUUGGGAUUUACUGAAGUUGAUUGUGCAUCGAAUGGAUUGGAAUGUUUUGAAAUGUACAAACAAAAACAAUAUUCAAUCAUUUUAUUGGACUUGUUGAUGCCAGUCAUGUGUGGCAAGCAGAGUGUGAAACAUAUUCGAGAAUUUGAAGAGAGUGAAGGAAGAAAACGAACACCAGUAAUUGCCAUCACUGCCAACAUUUGGGAAUCAGUUGAUACUCUCUCACAACUUGGAUUUGACUCUGUCAUUUACAAACCAAUCCUUAUUGAAAAAUUGAGGGAGGAAGUUGAACGGUUAACGCAAGAAAGCAACUCAUAG